CGCAGCACCGUGUAUCACAGCCCUCCACUGGAUGCUUGUAAACAAUACAGAGCUAUAUAGCCCCGUGUUGGGUUUAUAUUCAAAUGCUACCGCGAGCAUGCACCAGCGAGCCAAGUGUUAGCUAGCAUGUUAGCUCGUAGCCAUAUUGUGGUUAGACGGGCUGUCAAAUUUCCGACUCAUGCCAGACUGGUUUCGCUGUUGCUGUGUUUUGGCGUAUGCUAACGAGGCGAACUGCUAACGAUGUUUUUAUGCAUAGUUCGUGUUUGCAACACAAUUUGCAAAGGCCACGCGUGCUGUUUCGAACACAGUUCUGAUAAUAACAGUGCACAAUGGAUCUGAAACCAGACCAAUGGACCCUGCUGGACAAAGAGAGCCUCCAUGAACAACUUGAAUGACCCCCCCAGAUGGAACAUCCAACCAGAUGCCAGAGGAAGGGGGGCUGGGGAUGGCAACCAAUGGAACUACGCCCUGCUGGUCCCCAUGCUGGGACUUGCUGCAUUUCGUUGGAUCUGGACCAGAGAGUCUCAGAGGGAGAUCCAGAAGGUCAGAGCCCAGUAUGACGAGGAAGUGUCCACCAUGAGAGAUGAGAUGGAGUCACGGUACAGGGAGACCCUUACAGAGAGGCGCAGGGCAGCUGCUAAACUAGAGCUGGAGCUAGAGAAGGAGAAACAGAGGGUGAAAGGCUACAAACAGGCCAUGAUCUCACAGAGCCAGCAACUGAUGGAAGAGCGGAAACAGCUACAACAGGAGCGAGAGGCCUUGGAGGAGGAGACACAAAGGCUGGUAAAGUCCGGAGCUGCAGGUGCUGUGCUGCAUCAUGCCCUGGAACGAGAGCAGGACUGGUGCCAGAGAGCCACAGCCACCCUGAAGGAGUUAGAGGGUCACCUUUUGGAACGUCAGAAUGCCUACUGUUCCCUCAUCCAACCUCGAGACCAGCGGCUGGAGAUGGAGAAGAACAUGCUUCUGAGGGUCGUCAAAGAACCCAUCGGGGCAGAACUAGACCUAGAGUCUGACCUGAUGGACAUUUUUAAGAGAGACAAGCAUUGUGCUGACCUGCUAAACAAUGACAAGAGGAAGAACGGAAGCCUCAUGUGGGUGUAUCUCAAGUACUGGCAGCUGCAGGUCACUGUCCAGAAACACAAGAAAGCUGAGGAAGCCAUAUUAGGAGGGAAAAUCCAGCUUCACACAAAGUGACAAAAGACAAGGCUGGUGUUUUUCAUUUGACUAUUGAGGUGCACUGAUAAUGAAGAUGUAUUAUUCAUUCUGAGGAGAUCAUAUUCAGCAUCUGAGAGUUCCAUCCUUCAUCUCAGAGUUUAGAAAAGAGGAGAACUUCUGUCAGGUUGAACAACAUCACCAUUACUUCAGACGCUCCAGAUAAGAGUCAUUAGCUUUAAAUUAACUGUGAGAAAACCUACAAUCACAAAUAUGCAUUAGGAUCUCUCUGUUUAUAUCCAUAUUGGAUACUCAACCAAUGCUUGAUUACACAUACAGGUUUAUUUUUUCUAUUUAUACCCUAGGAAAAGGUGGUCAGAAAUUCUGUGUGAAAGUUGCUCUUUCUGUCAUUGUUAUAAAUGAAUGGCUUAAAAAAUGGUGCUUGUCGUCCCAGGUAACACGCAGAGAAAAAAAUUGUCUCAUCAGGAAAUUUUUAUUUGAAAACGCUACAUUGAAGCAAAAACAGAUACACGUUUAAAACACACUGGCAACAUUAGUAAAACAUGGUUAAGUCUGUCAGUGCUCUGGCAUGUGUUGAUACUUGGUUUUUAUAUGUUGAUGGACGGUUGUGGGACAGUUUCCGUCUUCAGUCUGGUUUUGUGGGAGUCUUUAGUCUAUCAGGAGGGAGACAGGACUAUUUCAGGUGCAUGUAAAUUUUAAGGGAACAGAUCACAAAGUAGCGCUUGGUACUGAAACUUAUUACAUUGCUACAGAAAAAAUAAAAUAUAAAACACA